AUCAACUUCUAUCGCUGUGCUGUGCUUCCCUCAACAGUCUGCAGUUUAAACACUUGUCAUAGGAGCAGCUGAAGAUGGAGGUUCCCCAAGAGGGGGAUGUGCAGGGCAGCCCUGGAGAGGGAUCCAGUCCAGAAGAAGACAGUGGACAUGGACAUGUGGGUGUCCAUCCUGAUCCAUUUAGUAUGGAGAUACAACAGGCCCACAAAUCACACCUGCUGGAGAGGUCCAAGUGUCUGAUGGAGGGACUCACACAUCAGGGAAGCUCCACACUGCUCAGGAAGAUCUACACUGACCUCUACAUCACACACGGCGGAGGAUGGGGGGUCAAUGAAGAACACGAGAUCAGACAGAUAGAGAGGGCAUCCUGGAGAGAAGCUGCACAAGGCAGGCCAAUCAAAUGCAGUGACAUCAUCAAACACUUAUCUGAAAAGGUCAGUCAGUUGUCUAAACAAGCCAAACAGAUGUCUAAGCAAGUCAAACCUAUUGGAAUAGUGCUGACAAAGGGAGUGGCUGGCAUUGGAAAAACCGUGUCUGUGCAGAAGUUCAUUCUAGACUGGGCUGAAGGAAUGUCCAAUCAGCAUGUCAACUUCAUAUUUCCUCUUCCUUUCCGAGAGUUGAACCUGAUGAAGGAGAAAACCAUCAGUCUAGUUGAUCUCAUUAGGCACUUUUUCUCAUAUGUGAAGGAUCCAAGAGUCUUCACCAGUUUAGAGAACAGGGUCAUGUUCAUCUUUGAUGGUCUUGAUGAGUGUCGACUUCCUCUAGAUUUUCGCUCCAACCCAGAGUGCUGUGACGUGACAAAGUCAGUUCCAGUUGACGUGCUGCUGACAAACCUCAUCAAGGGAAACCUGCUUCCCUUUGCUCUCCUCUGGAUCACCACCCGACCAGCAGCAGCCAAUCAGAUUCCUCUGGAGUAUGUCAGCCACGUGACAGAAAUAAGGGGAUUUAACGACCCACAGAAGGAAGAGUACUUCAGGAAGAAGCUCAAUGAUAAGAAAAUGGCCAGCAGAAUCAUCGCUCACCUGAAGUCAUGCAGGAGCCUCUUCAUCAUGUGCCACAUUCCGGUCUUCAGUUGGAUUUUAGCUACAAUAGUGGAGAAAACAUCAGAUGGAUCAGGAAGUGUAGAGAUGCCCAGGACUCUCACUCAUAUGUACACACACUUCCUGAUCAUUCAGGCUGCUGUCCUGUCCCCUGUCAGGGCAGAGUUGGUCCUAUAUUGCCUUUGUCCUGACCUCACACUCCUCAAGUCUCACACAGCUGCUGCUGAAGGGCCCAGACAGAUCAUCAUCACGAUCAUCACUGACUGUGUCAUUUUCAGCUGGGUGUCAUCCAGACUGCAAGCCCAGGGAGUUGAGCUGACACUGGAGAACCCAGACACAACAUCAUCAUCACUGGAUGUGUCAUCUCCAGCUGGGUGUCAUCCAGACUGCAAGCCUUGGGAGUUGAGGUACUAA